UGUCUUCAGUCUGGGGGGGCUGCGUGGAGGUGGACUCCGAAACGGAGGCCGUGUACGGAAUGACCUUCAAGAUCCUGUGCAUCUCCUGUAAGCGGCGCAGUGAAACCAGCGCAGAGACCUUCACCGAGUGGACUUUCCGUCAGAAGGGCACGGAGGAGUUUGUCAAGAUCCUGCGCUACGAGAAUGAGAUGCUGCAGCUGGAGGAGGAUGAGCGUUUUGAGGGCCGCGUGGCGUGGAACGGCAGCCGGGGCACCAAGGACCUGCAGGACCUGUCCAUCUUCAUCACCAACGUCACCUACAACCACUCGGGCGACUACGAGUGCCAUGUCUACCGCCUGCUCUUCUUCGACAACUAUGAGCACAACACCAGCGUCGUCAAGAAAAUCCACCUGGAGGUGGUGGACAAAGCCAACAGAGACAUGGCGUCCAUUGUGUCCGAGAUCAUGAUGUACGUGCUCAUCGUGGUGUUGACCAUAUGGCUUGUGGCCGAGAUGGUUUCCACCAAGAAAGAGGUCCGCCGCCGCCACGGAGGCCGCCGCGCAGGAGAAUGCUUCAGAAUACCUGGCCAUCACCUCAGAAAGCAAAGAGAACUGUACGGGCGUCCAGGUGGCUGAAUAGCCCAGGCCCUGGGCUUCACCUCAAGGAAGAGCCAGCCCUAAUGGGGAAUACCCAGGCACAGCCUGCCCCUGCCCCACAAUGGGGGUUGGCCAUUCCUGGGCCUCCACGCGCCUCAGAGUCCUGCCAACAGAGCCGCCAGGGUGGGAGGCGGGCAGGGGGCUUGGCUCGCACCCCCAUUCCAGCCUUCCUCCUCCUGCCCCCAUCACCCACCCACCGCCAUGCAUGAUGGGUAAAGCAAUACUGCCGCUGCCCCCACCCCGCUUCUGCUGCCUGUUUAAGGGGGUGAGGCGGGGGCAGAGGCUCCACACCCCUCCCUCUUGCUGAUUUGCACACAUUGGCCGCUUCAGACUCGCACUGCAGGGCACCCCUGUCCCUAGCUGCUGUCCCUCUUCUGCCCAGCGGGGGGCGGGAGGGGCACCAUGGGCUGGGAUCCCUUGGGGCAGGGGCUUCUGGGACCCCAUCUGACCCCCAGCGACAUUACCCCUCCCGCUUCCUCCGGCUGGACCUGGGGGGGGUCCCUUGUCCCUGUGAUGCACCCUUGCCCCGCCAGACCCCCAACCCCACCCUCUCUCACCAGCCUUGGAUUGUGGCCACUUAGAAAGGGGCCCGUUCAGCCUCGUUUCUCUUUACAGAAGUAGUUUUGUUCAUGAAAUAAAGAUUCUUGGACUUGA